CAUAAACACAAACACGCCGACUCAAGCACCCCUUCACGCUCAACCCUCGCUGCCAUCUGCUAUCCCGCCUGCACGGCAACCCAUCGCCUUGCACCCCCGAUCACUUUCACCGAAUCCCGCACCCUCACAUAUCCAAAAUGGGCGAGUCCAGGCAAGAACUAGUCGCAUGGCUCAAUAACCUCCUCCAACUCAACAUCACCAAGGUCGAACAAUGCGGGACAGGCGCCGCGCUCUGCCAGGUGUUUGACAGCAUCUUCUACGAUGUGCCUAUGUCGCGAGUCAAGUUCAACGCCAACACGGAAUAUGCCUACCUGCAGAAUUUCAAGAUAUUGCAGAACACAUUCGCCAAGCACCAGGUCGACAAGCCCAUCCGCGUCGAAUCCCUCGUCAAGUGCAAGAUGCAGGACAACCUCGAGUUCCUGCAGUUCGUCAAGCAGUACUGGGACCAGCACUUCCCCGGCCACGAGUACGACCCGGUCGCCCGCCGCGGCGCGAAAGCAGCAGUCGGCGGCGGCGGCGCACCUGCACCCCGUGCCACGCCCGCAGCGGCCAGGCGAGCCCCCGCCGCCAGCAACACCGCCGCACCGCGAACCCGAACACCGCUUGCCGCCUCUGGCGGUGGCGCAGCAAGUGCAGCUCUGAGAGAGGAGAAUACACAACUUAAGGAGACCGUUUCCGGCCUGGAGCGCGAACGCGACUUCUACUUCAGCAAGCUCCGCGACAUUGAGCUGCUGAUCCAGCAAGCCAUGGAGGCCGACCCAGAGCUCGAGAAGGACGAGGGCCUGCUCAAGCAGAUCCAGAACAUCCUCUACUCGACCGAAGAGGGGUUUGAGAUUCCUGCCGAGGGCGCAGAGGGCGCAGAGGAGGAGACAUUUUAGAGGACAUGUCGAAUUGCUACUCUGGCGGGCCGCGGUGGAGUCUGGUCUGCCCGCUUGAUCCCGGGUCCACGGGAGCCUGCGACUUGUGAUGGAACAUCGUGAAGGCCGAGGACUCUCACAAGGACUAGGUGGUCCGGCCGAUAAAGGGAGCAGUGGAGGUAGCAGAUGUUCACAUGGCUUCAUCGAUAUUGCAUUGGGGGCGCGAGCUGGGAUACCAUUUUCUGCGUUUUGACGUGUUACGAGUUGCACAAAUAGGAUCUGUGUGAUGGGUGGAAGAUUGACACUGGGUAUUUGUCCGUCGUUUGCUUGCGCCGCGCUUACUGUGGCAGAGUGACGAAGGAUAGGCAGUAAUCUAGCCACUUGCUUCUUCGAAC